AUGACCCCUUCUCCCUCCGAAAUCCUCCUCGACCUCGACCUCGUCGUCCUCGCCCUCGCCCUCGCCCUCACCGUCACCUUCGCCGUCGCCGUCGUCGCCGUCUCCCGUCCUCCCGUUUCUGUGUGUCGCAGCAUCCGCGUCGCCAUUCUUGUAGCACCACCCACAAACGCUGUCGCAUUCCGGACCUCGACUUCCAAACGGUUGGUAAGGUACUUUGCUAGCUUAGUCUACCAUGCCAUGCUCCCCGUCCCGCCGCGCUACACGGACACCGGUAAGUAUAGGACGAAUCGGAACAUGUUUAUACAAUCAACCGGCGUGAAGUAA